AUGACACAGUCGAACGUAUCUGUCACUACAAUUAAAGAAUUUAUAAUUGGCGGAAUUCCCGGUUUGGAGAGAUAUGAAAAAGAACUAUUUUCAUUCUUCUUGAUUGUAUUCAUCGUAACGCUCCUAGGCAACUUACUUGUGUUUGCAUUGAUUGUCCUGGAUCACAGACUUCAUACUCCGAUGUAUUUUUUUAUUGCUAAUUUGGCUUUGGUAGAUUUACUGACAACAACAACUAUCAGCCCCAAAAUGUUAGCCGUGCUUGUGGUACAUGACAAUGUAAUUUCCUACCCUGCGUGUUUUCUACAAAUGUACCUUUUUUUGUCAUCCGAAUGCACCGUUUGUUUUUUACUAGCGGUGAUGGCUUUUGACCGCUACGUUGCGAUAUGCAAUCCUCUCCGUUACAACAGCAUAAUAACAAGAAAUGCAUGUGUUUUGUCGGCUGCAGCGGCUUGGGGGUGUGGGUUUAGUUGUCCAGUUAUAUCGAUAUAUCAGUCACUUCAACUGCCUUUUUGCGGUCCUAACAAAAUACAUUAUUGUUUUUGCGAUUUCCAUCCAGUACUUAUUUUGGCUUGCGCAGAUACCUCCCAUGUAAUUCAUCUGGGACUUACACUAGCCCUAAUAAUUAUUUACGUACCUUUAAUCUUAGUAGUAUUUUCUUACAUUAAAAUACUGAUAGCGAUUUUUAGAAUUGCGUCAAGUGACGGACGACGAAAAGCCUUUUCUACGUGUAGCUCACACUUAUUAGUAGUUCUGACAUUUUAUAUCGCGAGCGCGUUCGUUUAUGUAAUCCUUCUCACAAAUGUCGUAUCCCCCCAAUCGAGAAUGCUGGUGUCUCUUUUAUACUGUGUGUUUACGCCAAUGGUCAACCCUUUAAUUUACAGCUUUAGGAAUAAGGAUAUUAAAAGUGCUGUCCGAAAAUUGAUAUGGUCAAUUAAUGUUCCGCCUGCAUAA